GUCAAUAUCUAUCCGUGAGUUAUUUAGUAGCUUGCUCUGAUGAACUGGUUCGUCGGGCUCCAUGACUAAGCAAUGCAACUUAGAGAACACAAUACAACCAAGAUCAUCCACCUGAGCUACAAAUAUUUUCCACCAUUUCAACUGCAUCAAUGUCAGUCAACCUAAAUCUUUGUUACCCUCCAUCUCAAGUUGUAAAAGAUUUUGUCGAUUUAUUGAAGUUGUGAGGAAACUGAGGAGAAUCUACGAAAUACAAGCAUAUUAAUUCUGCUAAUAUUGUCCUUGCUUUAUUCAAACUUGUGAAAGGGAAAAAUUAUAUGAAAUAACUAUUUUUAUGAUUUUUAAGAACUUCGUUAAUAGUGCAUCUAUGUUUGGUAUGCUUUAGUAUAAACUAAAUACAACACAAUUCAGAGUCAAGUUAUUCUUGCACGUGAUCGCUAUGUCGUUUUCCAGCUGUUUGUUGAAUGCCACAAGCGAUAUUUAUCUCCUAAAUCAGGAAUUGAUUGAUGCAGCAAAUGUUGCAAUUCAGCUGAAUAUUGAUAUUAAUUCAGUUGAUCAGUCAACACCAAACAUGUCAACAAUAAAUAUGUUCAAAACAAACAGUUUACCGUUGUUUAAAAAGUACAUAGAUUUACACGGUACCUCACAAACAUCUUAUUGUUCACGUGUUCCAGGCUUCAUAUCCAGCUUUCACUUACGAUAUAUUCUCCAAACAUAUGUACAACCAUUCGUUAUCUUUUUUACAAUUAUAACAAACUGUUUAACAUCAGUUGUACUGACUCAUCCAAAAAUGCGUAAUUCAACAAAUAUUAUUCUGUUAGGCAUAGCUAUAUGUGACUUGCUUACAGUUCUAUUGCCAUUACCUGUAUAUUUGUGCUUUUUAACAAGUAACUUGUUUUCAGAAAACUUAACGGUCUUCAAAGGUUAUACCGCAUUUUAUCUGACUACAAUCCUGCCAACAGUCUGUCAUACUUCCUCAAUCUGGUUAACAGUAUUACUGGCUUUGCAGAGAUUCAUUUACGUACAAUUUCCAUUGAAAGCGAAUCGUAUUUAUUUGUGCCAAUCAAGACCAGUUCAGUGGCUGAUUAUUUUAACUGUUGUAGCAGGAUUAAUACUUCAGCUACCACAUAUGAUUGUAACAUAUUUUGUAAAUGCUCUGGAAUACUGUAUUUCAUCAUCAACAUCAACGCCUUUAUCCCUGUCUUCACAAUCGUCAUCAAUGUUAUUGCUCACUCCGUCUACGUCAACAAAUUUCAUUGGCUCUGAACACAUUUCUUUCACUCUUAGUACUGAUGAACAGAGGGGCGAUAUGAAUUAUAUUUCAUUUUUGAAAAUCAACUUGAUGAAAUGUACUCCAAUGAGUCAAACGGCGUUCUUCAGUUUAUUAUUGAUUCGUGUAUUUAUUGUCAAUCUGAUACCAUGUAUCAUGCUGACUAUACUAACUGGCCUGCUGAUUAUGGCUUUAAGACGUUUUAUACAGAAUAGACAAAAAUUAUUGCAGAUUAAGAAUGAAAACCGACAGGUUCUACUCAAUAAAAAUGGUACUGAAUCACAGCUUUUGGGGAAAGAAGAACAAAGGGGAGAGAUAAAUGUGGUACAAAAAGAUAGACGUAAUCAAAGAGAAAUCAGUAUAAAUGAACAGUUUAAAACAUCAGCUAAUUUACUGACAACAACCACGACAACGGUUGUGGCAACAAAAGCCCACCAAACUUCAUGUGACAGAUUUAUCAAACAGAAAUCAUCACGUACAAAUUCUACUGACACAGAUUCCACAUCGAAAAUGAUGCUUGUCAUACUAGGAAUAUUCUUGAUAACGGAGGUACCGACUACUGUUUGUUUGUGUAUUUAUGCAUUCAUAACACUGUUCAAUUUUAAUCCACCUUCAGUAUUCCAUCAGGUAGGUCAUCGGUUUGUCUUUUCACAAUAUUUGUUAGACAAGAAAAUAGUCUGAUGUUCCAACUAAUUAGCUCCAUUUCGCUUGCAGUAGUCCGAAGCAAAUCUCAUUAUGGUAACGAAUAAAACUAAAAUCCGAGUUGACAGAAAUACUCAUUUCGGUUAAAAAUAAACUUUCACACAUGUUUCUUGAUAAUAGGACAUGAAAAUAGUAUAAACAUACCCUGGGUUGUUGAGCGGAACUCUAGCUGAGAGGAUUCCAUGUAUGAAACAGCUGCUAAAGCAACCUAACAAGGAUAUUCAUACACCAGUCGCAUUACAAGCCCAAAUACUUCACCCAGUAUUUGGUCAGAUGAUCUUGGUACCAAAUCAUAAUAAAUUGGUCAUUAAAAAGUACGACCUCAGACCCAUUCGCUAUUUUAAAAAUGAGAGUAACAUGCAUUUAAUUUGUCUGUUUGUAUUUCAUACUCAAAUUGCAUUCUUUACAGAAGUUAGAAUUUAAUUUAAUUCACACUGGCUAUAAAGUUCUUCAAAAUGCCUAGCAUUCUUUAUAGUUCAUUCUAGAACCCUUUAUUUAACAUGAAACUACCCAAAUUUCACCGUUUUCUGAGGAAGAAUGAAAUAAAAUGUAUCCGAUUUUAACAGUUGAUAAUAAAUUCAUGAGGUUUUUUUGAAAGAAACUAACUUUAUCCGCAAUUAGAAAUCCUACUGGUUGCUGAUUUUGGAUAGACUGAAGAGCACAGUGUUUUUCCGUUUUUUAUGGCUUCCUAAUCAUAAUUUAACUGGUAUAUCGUGCCGUAUUUUCACUACAGAAUAACUUACCAGUAAGCUACAUAGCCAAUCAUAACUGAGGAAUACAUUUUCCCCAUAAUCUAGAUUUUGUCGUUUGGGCUCUGAUUUCGUCGACAAGACUUAAAUACAACCGUUAAUAGUUCUCAGCGCUAUGGCGUACUGAGUUUCAAACUUCCUUCGGUUUGAAUAGCGCUAAUAUAAACUAAACAUUCACAUAAGUUGAAACCAAGUAGUUUUAGUGUCUGUCAUCGAAAUUAUACCUUCCAUACGAACUGUGUGGAGUCUAGGUAUUGAUUCUUUAAUCUACUCACUUUAUUCUUCUGAUACUUCAUGUUAACCGUUGGGGAUUAUUUCGACACUGUAUUUCGUCAAGAUCUUCAAUGUCAACUAUUUACUGUGAAUCAGUUUUUACUAACUUUAACAACUUGCAUUUACAACUUUAAUUUUAUAAGUACAAACAAUGAACCCAGUACACCAUUUACUACGAAUUUAAAUGCGUAGGUCAAAAUUGGUUAGGUUAUUUUCAACAAAACCGAGUUAAGUAUUGUUAAAUAUUACUUGUAAUAAUAUUUCUGUCACUUCAGUAAUUAUCGAUCGCAAAACCUUAUUGGUUUUUCUUCCGUAAUUAGAGGUUUAUAGAAUGCUAACCUUUGAAAAAUUACUUCGUAAACCUUAAAACUGGUAGUCUAUUUUGUUUUCUAGCAUGCUAAUAUGUCAGAAGGCUUUGUAGUAUUUAGAGCUACUUUAUCAAAAUCAGGUCUGAAAAAUUAUGCCUUCAUUUGAUUUAUUCACAAUAUAUUUCCCUUUAUCGAGAAGCGAAAGGUAAUAAUAGCUUAAUUAAAUGAAUAUCAUGUCACGUGUACACAUAUAAACCAUUCAUCACUAAGAUGACAUUCUUUCC